GAGCUUUGAGCCUCUGGAGCCUCCGUAGAUCAAAGCUGCCCUCUGUUUUGAGAAAAUUGUACUGCUAAUUGGCUUUAGCUGACUGUGUCGCUGUUAGAGCACUGCUGUAAUGAGAAGUCAUUAGUUUUCUGACACUGAAGAGUUGAAAGAGGCAAACAGCCCGUCGGUGGCCAGGCGGCUAUAUUCUAAACACAUAGCCCCGGGUAGCUAGUUUUCUGCUGCUAGUCAAGCUAACAAGCUUUAGGUGAAUGACGCUCAAUGAUCCAGUCCGGGUGAUGGCUUUGACUCAGAGAUGACCUACAGCUUCUGACCCACAGGAAGUCUCGCCAUUUGUCACCGAGAUUCAAGCUGAGAGCUUCACACAGGCUGACUCAUGCUUUCUGAUGAGCUGGACUCCAAACCAGAGCUGCUGGUGCAGUUUGUCCAGAACGCCUCCAUCCCAUUGGUGCAAAGUCUGGAGGACUCUGAAUGCAAACACCCCUGCCUGCCUCUGCUGGCCCCAGCUGACAGCUCCCUCUGCACCCCUCUGGAGCUCACAGAUGGCGGCCUGAGCCACGAGCCGGACUCUUCUCCCACGUUGCCAGACUUUGGUGGCGUCCCACAACAGAGCCCGUUAGUGGUCCAGUCCCACCAGCCGCCGCAGGCGUCGCCGAGCCCCCCGGCCAUUCUGCACGACUUACAGCAGCCGGACAGCACAUCCUACGUCCUCCUGAAUCUCGCCAAAGGAAUCACAGCCUCCUCCGAGUCCCUGAUCUUUGCUGCCGACGGUGCUGGAGACGAUGAAGAUGAAGGGGUUUCUUCAGGAAGCUACGGGAUAGACGGGGCCGCGCCGUGGUAUCUGAGAGUCCAGGAGCUGGCGCAUGACAGCCUCAUUGCAGCGACCCGGGCGCAGCUGGCCAGAGACGCAAAGGCCAGCCAGGACGCCAGAGCUGCAAGUGUCGGGAACGGUGACCACACACACAGCUUGAUCGAGGACGGAGAGAAGCGGGAGCUGCCGUCUCGGGCCGGCCGCCCUCUCUCCAAACAGAUUCUGCGCUGCUCGUUUGAGGGCUGCAGCAGGACGUUCACCUGGCCGGCUCAUCUUAAAUAUCACCUCAAAACGCACAGGAACGACCGAAUGUUCCAGUGCAGCGCAGAAGGCUGUGGGAAGAGCUUCUACGUGCUGCAGAGGUUACAGGUUCACAUGAGGACUCACAAUGGCGAGAAGCCCUUCAUAUGCAAAGAGAAGAACUGUGGCAAGAAGUUCACCACAGCUGGCAACCUGAAGAACCACAGGCGCAUACACACAGGUGAGAAACCUUUCCUGUGCGAUGCAGAUGGCUGCGGGCGGUCCUUCGCAGAGUACUCCAGCCUACGGAAACACAUGCUCGUACAUUCAGGUGAGAAGCCUCACGUGUGUGGGAUCUGCGGGAAGACCUUCUCUCAGUCCGGCAGCAGGAACGUUCACAUGAGGAAGAGGCACGGAGAGGAGGGGCUCGGCAAUGAAAGCAGAGAAACAGGAGAGGCUCUAACACAAAGCAGCCUGCUGGAGGCAGAUGGUGAUAAUGGAGGUAGUUUGGUCACCAUGACAACAGCUGUGGAGCCCAUGAAUCUUCAUCAUGUGAUGCUGAGAUCACCAGGAUCUACAGACUCAGUGGUAGUCCUUUCUCAGCCUCAUGAGCUGGUGACCAUGACAACGGAGGGGCAUGCUUACGGAGAGGACGUGGUCUCUCUGCUUUAGUCUCCCGCCGUCACAAGCAUCACGGUUUAUUUCAGCAGCACUGGACUGAUGGCCACAGUGGGAUAAACAAAGAUGUGUACAGUGAGGAAAAUAAGUAUUUGAACACGCUGCUGUUUUGCAAGUUCUCCCACUUAGAAAUCAUGGAGGGGUCUGAAACUGCCACCGUAGGUGCAUGUCCACUGUGAGAGAC